AUGGCGCCAGAGUCAAACAGCUUAAAUGAAAAUGCUGAUUGUCCACAUGUUGGACUUGUCAAACAAGAAGCUCUUAUUGACAGCACAGACGAUGGGAAUAAGAUAACAAGGCAUCCUCGAUGGACCAGAGAUGAAACACUCAUCCUAAUACAAGGCAAGAAGGUUAUUGAGGAUGGGGUUCGAGGGGGUCGUAGAUCUACUUCAACCUUUGGUUCAUGCCAAGUAGAACCUAAGUGGGAUUCAGUCUCAUCAUAUUGUAAACAGCGUGGCGUGAAGAGAGGACCAGUCCAGUGCAGGAAAAGAUGGGGUAAUCUUCUUACUGAUUACAAGAAAAUUAAAAGAUGGGAGUCACAGAUAAAGGAAGAGGCUGAAUCGUUUUGGAUGAUGAGGAAUGAUAUACGGAGAGAAAAGAAACUGGCAAGUUUCUUUGAUAAGGAAAUCUACAAUGCAUUGGAUGGCAUGACGUUUUCUGCUGCCGCAUUUCCACUGCCACUGGUUGCAGUACGAGCAAAUGAAAAUGACUCUGAUGGAGUCAUGGCAGAGGUUGAAGAAGAGGAGACCCCUGUAGCAUUUUUUGAUAGUCAUCGACAUGCUACAGCAGAAGAUGGUUUGUUUUCAGAUUUUGAACAUUCAGAACAAGAAGAAUCAGGCUGUAGCCCUGAGUAUGAAACUGUUUCAGGCACCGUUAAAGGCAAACAACCAGGGUCAGCCAGAAUGUGGAGAGAAUCUAUCUCUGAAGAGGAACGGAAGAGAAGGCGGUUGUCAUUGGAUGGACAGGAAGAUGCAUCCAAUUUGGGGAAUCAGUUAGUCAAAGUUUUAGAGAUGAAUAGUAACAAGUUAAAUGCGCAUCUUGAAGCUCAGAACAUAAGCUGUCAACUGGACAGGGACCAGAGGAAGGAGCAUACUGACAGCUUGGUCGCUGCUCUUAGCAAGGUCACUGAUGCUCUUGUAAGAAUUGCGGACAAGUUAUAAACUGCAAUCAUUAGAAAAUAAGACACCCUUUACAAUUUCUGUGAAAUGUUGUCGAGAAUAAGGACUAAGCAUUUAGAGUUGACAGAUUUAAGGUGCUUUUAGUUUUUAAUACAUUGCAGUAAUCAACAAGAAGCUACUCAUUCUACUUUAAUAUACUUGAGUGACUUGUGAGCCAUGACAAAUUGGUAUUAAUGUUUCUCGACUCAAACCAUUCCUCAGGCUUCUAUCCCCAGAUUGCACCAAAGGGGAUUGAGUGACAACUCUGAAAAUAUUAAAAGAUUAGUUAUCAUUCUGGUGGUAAAUUUCAUCUAGUUUACCAAGACAUCUUCUUGCCCUUUUAAAGGAGGAGAGGUACUAACCUACAAGGCUACAAAACCCAGCAAUAAAUGAACAGGAUUAUGGACCAGUAUAAAAACAAGCACCAGUAUUGCAAACAUAUAAUUAGGCAUCAAGCUUAUAUCUUUAUAUACUGGGUGCUUUGAUGGUAUUUGGACUACUGGGCAACUUCAUAGAAGGUUAAUACAAAAAGCACAAAUUGGGAAUUUGCCUAUGGGCCUCACUCUCCUCCACUCCUACUUUUUAUUUUUUAUUUUUAUAGAUAGGAUAGAAAUUCAGCCUUUGACGUCCACUCCAUGAUGAUUGUUCUUUAUUAUCAGG